AUGGCUGUCAUUGAUUGGCUUCAAACAUCAGAAUUUAUUCGUCAACAUUCUGAAAGUUUUAUACUUUAUUCUUUAUGUGGCUGUUUUGUUGGUGUAACAUUUAUUUUAUUGACAAUUAUUAUUGUACUUUAUAUUGAAAAACGACAUGUAGCACAUGAUGAAAAUAAUAAAAUCAAACAUGAUUAUCAAACACCAAGAAGUGACAUCGAUUAUAAUGAUAUCUUGUCAACGACACGUUCAUAUUUACCUGUUUAUCGUUAUGACGGAAGAACUCAUCACGAAUUCUAUGAUGUAUAA